GCCGAGAAAUACACACGCGUGAACACGUGAACGCGCAAUAAGAAACUAGCAGUGAACGUCAGGUCCCGAACGUGAUCUGGCACCAGCAGUACCAGCAGCAGCAGCAGCAGCAGCAGUAGCAGUAGUAGCAGCAGCAGCAGCACUCACAGUGACACAUGCAGCGACAACCCGAGUCGCAGGAAACCCGAGCUGCGAUAUUUCUGAUCUUACGCGGUCACGCGCACGGAUCCACAGUUUCUGGUCUCCCUCAGGGCUUGGCCGGUGUACCGGACAUCGCGCGAGCCGUUCGCUGAUCACACUGUCAAAAUAAAAACCUCUGCUAUGAGCGAAAUAGGUUCGAUGUGACACACACUCUGGUAUUCAUUUUCGCUCUGUCUUCGGUCACGUUCGCCCAGUAUGGCGAUCACCGUGCACCGCACCCCUUUUCGGGUCGAUUCAGCUGCUACCUACCGACAACCCCGUCAACUACGUUCUCAACGUCCCCGGACAUGUUCCGCAGCACCGACAACGCGAGAUGUCGAACGUUUCGGACGACGCUCUAUGUCGCGGCGUAGUUCACGACCGAUCAAGUACAUGCUACAGAGCGGCCUAGCAUCAAUGGAGACAUCUUUAUUCGUAUCCUGCUGUGCCCCACCACCGGAAAAUUUUUCCUCGUGCGAACCGUCGACAGUACCCCUCAACUUACGUUUAAUAACUGAAACACCGUCGUAGCAUAAUUCAACUGAGACUCCCGUCUCGGUCGUUAAGCAUAAGUUGGGUAACACUGUGAUCGAUCAGCAUGUAUCGUAUUUAAUGGUUCAUCCAACACCCGUUCCAUGACGUGAACUUUCAACAACCCUGUGGUCGUUGUUAAUUCAAUAACUGAUUCUUUUCGUAACGAAUCGCGGUCCACCGCAAUGGCGUGUGCAAGAACGUUACCUUUAUUGGAAGGCGCGAAAUUAAUCGUCCUCGACGAAGGGGUGGAUGCAAUGUACGCGAGGAAAUUAAUCGCGGGAUGGAUACAAAUGUGGAAAUGUAAAGACCCUAAUCUCACAUUCGAUUUGCUGUUAUUUUCUGAUCCAAAGUCCACGUAUAGACACGAACCUGACCCUUUUAUGUCAAAUAAUGUAAAUAUUCAUGAUUAUUACACGGUUGAUAUAAAUCAACUCGAUGUGAGUACAAUUCACAAUAAGGAUUUCGAUACCCUCGAACAUAUUUUAAAGACCACGAAAACAAAAUCUACUGUGAUCAUUGAUUGCUUGACAUCUCUGAUCUUAUUUGUUGGUUUGUCUAAAGCAUUGUGGUUCUUGGAAAGAUUAAGUAAACAAGUGUUACAAUUAGUAUGCAUCUAUAGACGAGACUUCGUUCAGAAUAAAAUACCUUGCAUCGAAACAUUAGGCACCACGUAUGUAAAAAUAGAAAGGUUCUGCGGUGUGCAUACAAACGAUAACAUCAAGUAUAUGGUAGAAAUUAUACAUCGUAAACUAGGUGGCACACUUUUAAAGCAACUCGAAUUAGUAACUCAAAACAGUACUUCCUAUGAGAUUCAGUCGGAAAAAGUUGAAGCGCAUUGUAAAAAACAAGAUGCAGCACAUGAAAAUGAAAAACAAAAGGUUGAAUCUUCGUUUAGGAUAGAAAUAAGUGAACAUGAAAUGAAACAAAGAAAAGAAACAAUAUUACCAUACAUGAUUAAUUCAAAUACAAUAAAUACAUCAAAAAUUCAUUAUCAACCAGAAGAUAUAGACGAUAUCGACGAAGAAGAUCCAGAUGAUGAUUUAUGUAUCUAAUUUAUAUGUGAAAUGCAUUGACAAGUCAUCAUGGGAUAUUAAAAUGCACUCUCCUAGUAUGUUUAUAUUUAUGCUAUUAAUAUCUUAAGCAAAGUUAUUUAUUUUAUAAUUGUUUUGCAUUUUAUACAAUUUUGUUGAAAGCCACAUAGAUGUCUACUAUUUUGUUACUGUACGUACAAUCGCCCAAUAAAAGGUUCCUUUA